CACAAAUUAUACACAUACUAGCAGAAAAUGAGAAAUUUUGGCUGCUUGACGUGGAGGCCCAGGCCAUCUGGUUUCAGUGCAGCGUCAACCGCGGAGGAGGUCACUGCUGGUCUCGAUGGCAGCCAUCUCACUGCCAUUGUCACAGGAGCAACGAGUGGAAUUGGAAAAGAGACUGCCAGGGUCCUACUUUUGAGGGGAGUAAAGGUGAUCAUACCUGCUCGAACAAUGGAGAGCGGGCUGAGGGCAAAACGGAGCCUUACUCAGGGUCAGGGUAUUCCAGACUCGAGGCUCCAUGUUAUGGAGAUGGACCUGAGCUCCCUUGAUUCUGUCCAACGCUUCGCUCAGCACUUCAUGUCGUUGCACGAGCAUCUCAACAUACUCAUAAAUAAUGCAGGGAUAAUACUGUUCUCUUUCCGGCCAUCAGAAGACGGGAUUGAGCAGCAGUUUGCCACCAAUCAUCUUGGGCAUUUCUUUCUGACGGAUCUGCUACUAGAAAAGAUGAAAGCGACAGCCAAAGAAACAGGAGUUCAAGGGAGGAUCAUUAAUGUAUCCUCCGCGGGUCAUAGGUGCAAUGGCUCUUACUUCGAUAUAGAGAAGCUGGGAGAUGAACGCAAGUUCAAUCGGUAUUUGGCAUAUCCUCAUUCCAAAUUAGCCAACAUUCUUCAUGCCAAGGAGUUAUCCAGGCGUUUUCAGGUGGAAGGUUGCAACCUGACAGCAAAUUCUUUACACCCUGGAUUAAUCAAGACUGAAAUUGGCAGGAACAGCACUUUAAUAGAUCUGCUUCUUUCUUUUCUGAAACUAUGUCGGAAAAGCAUACCCCAGGGAGCAGCUACUACUUGCUACCUAGCUCUGCAUCCUAAUGUUGAAGAUGUUUCUGGGAAGUACUUUGAAGAUUGCAAUGAGGCCACCCCUUCGGCAUUAGCAGAAGAUGAACAACUAGCAAAGAAGGUUUGGCACAUAAGUGAAGAACUUGUCAGGAGAAGGAAACUGGAUUGAUAUGAAGGUGUAAGACAUUUGUGGAUAUAGAGGCCUUGUUAUUGUUAUCUCAUUAUAUAUAAUAAUGUCUUGUCACUAUGUUUUUAUUGGGUCGAAUGUAUGGAUCGGAUACACAUUUUGCAUAAAACCCCGUGUCCAAACUCUACUUACA